CAGCCGGCGCUGUCCUCCGCCCCGCGAAGCCGCCGCGCCCGCCCCGCGCCCAGCCAUGGGGGACCUGCCGGGCCUCGUGCGCCUCUCCAUCGCGCUGCGCAUCCAGCCCAACGACGGCCCGGUCUUCUUCAAGGUGGACGGGCAGCGCUUCGGCCAGAACCGCACCAUCAAGCUGCUCACCGGCUCCUCCUACAAGGUGGAGGUGAAGAUUAAGCCCCCCACGCUGCAGGUCGAGAACAUUUCCAUUGGUGGUGUGGUUGUCCCGCUGGAGCUGAAGUCUAAAGAGCCUGAUGGGGACAGAGUUGUUUAUACCGGCACAUAUGACACAGAAGGCGUGGCCCCAACCAAGAGUGGAGAACGGCAACCCAUUCAGAUCACCAUGCCGUUCACUGACAUUGGGACCUUCGAGACCGUGUGGCAGGUCAAGUUCUACAAUUACCACAAGCGAGAUCACUGCCAGUGGGGAAGCCCCUUCUCUGUCAUUGAGUAUGAAUGCAAGCCCAACGAGACACGCAGUCUCAUGUGGGUGAACAAGGAGUCCUUCCUCUGAAGAUGGCUCUUUCUGAUGUUGCUGGACAAUCUCUUCAGAAGUCUACUCUUAGAUAAUCCAGCACAAGCCUUCACCAAGGCACACCACACCGUUGCUGUUUCCCGUCGGGUGCCAAUGACCUACUAGCCCCGAUUGUUUUGAAUGUGUAAUUCUCCUCUAAUGCAAUGUCCCUGCCAUAAAAGAUCGUGAUGUACCAUCCCCGAAAGAUCCCUUUGUGUAUUCUAUGUUGGUGUUCCUGCAUCUGAUUGUUCUCGGUCAUGCUAUUAACUGCUUGUGACUGGAGCUCGGUGGAAUCGGCAGGCAUGUCUCAUACUUAAUGAUUCCACUGAAUGACUGCGAUGUUUUGUUUCCAAGUUGAGUUAUUCCCCUGUUUUUGUUAAAUGUUAAAUAAAAAAUAACAACGUGUGUAGGUUCUCUCCCAAGUGUGAUCUGGUAACAUGUAACUUGCAAUGUUUUCCAGCUCUCAAAGCAGGCUUUGUGAAAAUGUAAUACAAACAGCAGUAAAUGGGACUCAAGUGUUGUGCCCCCUAUAAAUAGCUUUUUCAGAAAAGGAUAAGGACAAAAUAAAAGGACAAAUAUUUAAUAAGUAUUUGUAAUGUAUUAAAACUCUUUCAAGCAACUUAAGGUAUUGUGCUGUGGCCUCGUGGAAACGGGAAAAAGCAUUAUUGUGGACCACUGUUGAACAAGGUAACAGGAGGUAACCUCUUUGGCAAGCUACCCUCAUGUUCAAACAUGCAUAUUGAUGACAGCCCUACAGUCCCCUUCACUUGAACUUUGUAAAACUGUAUAUGGAACUGUAAUCAACUUUUGAUAUUUGUUAAUAAAGAUAUUGA